UGUGGAGAGCAUGUCCCUUCGUUCACCAAAUAACCCUGGAGACAUCAGCCCCCGACUGAUGGACAAUGAGAAAGCCAGAGACUGCAUCAUUCCCAUGGGAAUAACCUCAGAGAACGUUGCUGAGAGAUUUGGCAUCACUAGGGAAAAACAGGACCGCUUUGCUCUCAGUUCCCAACAAAAGGCAGCCAUGGCACAGAAAAAGGGCUUGUUUGAGCAAGAGAUCACACCAGUCACUACUAAAUUUGUAGACGAAAAUGGAACUGAGCGCACGAUUACUGUCACAAAGGAUGAUGGGAUCCGGCCUGGGACUACCUUAGAAGGCCUUGCCAAACUGCGUCCAGCAUUUAAAGAAACCGGCAGCACCACAGCGGGUAAUGCCAGUCAGGUGAGUGAUGGCGCAGCAGCGGUGCUAAUUGGGCGGAGAUCUACAGUGGAGAAACUGGGACUUCCUGUUUUUGGUGUGCUGAGGGCGUGCGCUGUGGUGGGUGUUCCACCAGACGUUAUGGGCAUUGGCCCAGCCUAUGCCAUCCCAGAAGCCCUCAACCAGGCUGGGCUGACUGUGGAUGAUAUUGAUGUGUUUGAGAUCAACGAAGCAUUCGCCAGUCAGGCUGUGUAUUGUGUGGAAAAACUGGGCAUUCCUAUGGAGAAAGUGAAUCCUAAUGGAGGAGCCAUUGCUCUUGGUCAUCCACUGGGCUGCACUGGUGCUCGACAGGUCGUGACUGUGCUCAAUGAGCUCAAACGCAGACGCAAGAGAGGGUAUGGCGUGGUGUCCAUGUGCAUUGGGACUGGAAUGGGAGCGGCUGCAGUUUUCGAGUAUCCUGGCCAGUGAUAAAAGCCCUAGCGCAAAAUCCCAAGAUGCAGAUCUCCAGAUGACACACAGCGAAACUAACAAGUCACAAAUUCUUUUUAAUCAAGCUGCUAGAAGUCUUAACUGUAAACACAAGCAGAAAGAGUACACGUCUUAUUUAGUGCGUAUCAGUGGGUGUUUGCCUUACUUUUGAGGAUGUUCAACAUUCAGAUCUCUCUUUAAAGUGCCUUGCAUUUCAACUGUGAUAACAGAUCAAGGAAACAAACAUGCUUGUAUCUGUAAGAGCUUUUUAAAUAAAAAAAUAAGUUUUGUUGAGGACCAGUGUAAUUUGCAAAGGUUUGUAAUGCAUCUCAUUUGUUAGAAUAAAAAUGAUUUAUUAUGCAUGAAA